AUGUUUGGUUUCUAUGGUUUAACUAAUGUGGCAUGGCUAUUGGGGGCAUUCAGUUUAAAAGUGUUAUUUUUGCCUGGUCUAAUAAUACUUGGUACCACUGGAAAGCGGGAGCAAGUGACGAAGCGUUCAUCGUUGCCUAGAAAUGCUUAUUUAUCAUGGCUGUCUGGCCAUGGGCCAAAGUUUCACCCUGGAGUUGGUUGUGAUUGGUGUGGGAUGUAUCCUAUUUUUGGGGAACGAUACAAAUGCAAAGACUGUGUUGAGAAAAUAGGCUUUGACCUCUGCGAAGGAUGUUAUAAGAGUUCCUCCAAGCUUCCAGGCCGAUUCAACCAGCAGCAUACUCCAGAACACCACACUGAAGAAGUUGUUAUAGUCACCAACUUGUCAAAUGAUGCUUCACAGGAUGAAAUAGAUGAGGCAGCAUCUCUGAAUUUGUCACCCGACGCACUACAGGAUAUAGGAAAUGCUAUAGCAUCUUCCGUUGCCCUCAACAAUCCUUCAGAAGAUCAAGAAUGUACGGACUCUGAAACUUGA